UCUUUCUGUUUCCUCCUUGAUGUCGGGAUCCAACUACCAGAGGAGGAAAAGCGCUCUCCUCCUCCUGGCAGCCAUCUUGGAGACCUGCACUGACACAUGGAGUCCGGAGAGGAAGAAGGGGCAGCCUCCUCGCAAUAUGGUUGCAUUACUAAACUGGGCCAGAAGGAACGGCAGCUGGGACUUUUUCUCUGCAAGCAACACCCUGGCCUUGCUGAGUUGCUUGCAAGACAGUACAAAUGAGAUCCGUGAACUGGCCUCAGAUUUGCUCAUCUGCUACUUCCCUCCGGUUUUCCCAGAAUCCAUCGCUGUGGCUCUGUUUGAGCGGGCCCUGGAAGCCAUGAGCAGUCCUAGAGUUCAGGAGGUUGAGGCAGGAGCUGUGCUGAUGAGAACCAUCCUCCAAAAAUCAGACAUUUGUAUCUUGCGACGGUUAUUGCCGGAGGCAAAGGAAGAGCCGGACCUGCUAUGCCAAUAUCUCUGCUUCCUCAGACAUCUCCUCGGGGUGCUGCAUGUACAUUUAGCCAGGGCAUCCCAUGACUUGCUGCAGGCGGCCCGUAACACGCCGAUCCAUGGCGUUCUCUCCGCCCUGAGGCGAUGCCUCCUCGAAGUACCGGAGGUGAUGGCCUCUAUGCUGAAUCCACAGCACAACCAGCAUUGGCAGAUCUUCCUUAGCCGCCUGGUGAACGCCACGAGAGAUGUCAGCAGCUUACUCCUGGGAGUGUUGCAAGGCAAGCAGGCCUCCAUCUUCGACCAAGAAGAUUUCGUUUCAGCUGCUGCUCCUUCCUUUGCCGACAUGGGCAAUGCGAUUGGCGGUCUCAUCCGGCUAGGAAAGGACCUGGGACCCCAAGAGGACGACGAUUCGGUCCUGCUCUCGGAGGAGCACAGCCUCAUCCUGACCUGCUGCUGGGUCUCAGUCAAAGAAAUUGGGCUUCUCUUGGGAGGCCUAGCAGAGAAGAUUCUGCCUCUGUCGCCACCUGCAGGCUGCGCGCCUCUUCUGCCGCUCCAGGUGGUCAACACCGCCGCCGUGAUUUUCCAGGACAUCUUGCUGAAAUGCCGUCACUGGGGAGCCGUGGAGGGCUGCAGUGUGGGUUUCACUAAGUUCUGCACGGCUUUGCUGAGCCAUCCUGACCCGGAGUUGCAAGAAAUACCAAGAUCGAUGCUCACGCAGGGCUUGGCUUUAUUAAAUAGCCCCAGAAGCAGCUCCGUUACUCGCAGGGCAGCUGGUUUCCCCAUGCUCUUUCUAUGCAUUGUGGCUGGAGAAGACCCCGUCAAGCCACGGCCUCUGCUGGAGAACUGUAUUCGGACGUCACUGGCCUUGGCCAAUGCGGCUUUGCCCCAAGACUGGGACCAGACAGUGGACUUGCCUCAGGUUUCAGCCAUCCAUGUGCUGCAAACCCUGGUCCGUGGUUCUGGACUUGGAACAGCCCUACAUCAGCACGUACCAUCCAUGGUGACGUUGUUCCUCAAGGCACUCAGCUCCCCUAGCUGGGCCAUGAGAAAUGCUGCCAUCCAGCUCUUUGGCACCUUGACGAUUCGUCUGCUUGGGCAAAAUCAGAGUUGGGACGACGGCCACGGACAAGACGGGGUGAGCCCCGAGGCCGUUUUCAGCCGCUACCCUCAGCUAAGAAACAUCCUGCUUGGAGAACUGACCUCAGCGGUGGAGGUGUCUGUGUCCAGAGGGAAGCUUCACCUCUGCCCCUCCCUCUAUGCCAUCCUCACCUUUCUGGCAAAACUCUUGCCUAGCGCAGACACUCUGAACAGUGACUCCAUCUGCUUCCUGGAACCCCUGAUCCAGCUGUCCAGAAACCCCAUUUAUGCUGUGCGGGUGAUGGCUGCUAGGGCCCUAGUGCCCCUUGUUCCGGUGACGGAAUACAGGAACGUCCUCUUACGACUGGCUGGGGAGUUACCGCAGCCGGAUGAAACGCUGUCCCACAAUGCAUUGCAUGGAUGCUUGCUGCAAAUCCAGGCCCUCUUGGCUCGAGCCCUGAGUGUGAACUGCCUGUCUCCUGACACACUGGUCUCCAUCGCCUGCCAGGUGGAAUCCUAUCUCUGGUUGAUCUCCACCACACAGCGAUGCCCCUUGAUCCGCACGGCCUACCUCCAAGUGGUCUCCCUUCUGGUGGGAAGCUGUUCCCCAAGUUUCGUGCAGCAGGUUCGGGAGAUUGUGAGCAGUGAACUGGCCAACUCUAAGCCUGUCGAGAAAGCUGGCUUAUCUCACAUUCAGGUCGGUUCUGCUAUCUUCUGCCAACAUGCCGUUGGCUUCCUUUGUCACGAAGCAACAAGACCGGGGUCCCCUGAGGGAGUCCGUCCACUUUGCUUGCUCCUGCAAAGCGGGAAUGUAGACGUGCAAGGAGCCGUCCUGUCCUGGCUGAUCGAAAAGGAGGCCAUAAAAGGCCUGGAUUCAAGCAUGGAGCUGCGGCUAGUCCUACUGGAGAAACUAGGUGAAGUGUUGAAACGAAGGACAGACCAUGCGCUUCUGAAGUUAUACCUGGAGGCUUUUGCGCACCUCUGCAGCAAGCCCUCCUCUCAGAGCCUGCCUUUCCCCCACAAGUCACUGGUGGCUGUGCACACCGAGUGCAGGCGGAUCUUGUUAUCCAUGGCGGAAAAUGACCAUCUCAGUCCAGAGCUUCGGAGUCAUGCGCUCUGCGUUGUGGCUUUGCUCCUAACUCAAAGCGCAGAAGAUUAUCCUUUGUGGAGACAAUGGUGCACGGUAAUAGAACGGUGGAGCGACCCCCUGUCUUCUGAGGUGCUUAGGAUGGCUGCAGCAAAAUCACUGAAAGUGGCAGGCACAGAUUUGAUUUGGGAAGCUCAGGAAUCUUCCAGCCCACCUCUUCAUGCAUCAGCUCUGUGGUGCCUGAUUGAUGCAGCCAUUCGCCUGCUCCAAGACGAAGACCAGGAAGUGAGGCAGGAAGCCGCCAUCUUUGCCAGCCGCCUGGUGCAGCCACCGCCGCUGGACCCGGGGGUUCCUCCUCAAGGCAGCUGCAUUUUGCUUCAGAGUAACCAGGCCCUGCUAAGCCUGCUGCAGUUCCUGCUGGAGAAAUUCGGGAAUUACCCAGAAACCUUUGCGUCUCUGGUGCGUCACCUUCCCACCACAGACCUUGGCAGUGCCUUGGCAGACCUGGAGGUUCAUGGGGCUGUCGCUCUGUAUAAAGAGGAUGAGCCCAACGUUUAUGCAGAGCCGGCGUUUCUCUCCCAGAUGCUGCUGCCUUUUCUCCUCCAGCUGCUCAGCAGGGUGUCAGCCUCUCCAAAGCUUUGGGAGUCGAUGCAAUGCUGGCUAAUAGCCACUGGGCCUGGGGUCUUCUCCAACCUGCAGCAGUGCAGGGGCUGGUGGAGCCGAGACAACAGCACUUCCUUACACCUAAAGGCUCUGGCUUGUCCGAAGGUUCACAUCUCAGUCACCAGCCUGCUGGUCAAGGCUGCCCUUGCCGCCCACAUGCUGGAGACCCUGGAAAGAGGGAAGCAGCCCAGGGUGGAAGGAAUCGCCUUCUCUUCCCAGGAACUGAGACGCGCAGCUUGGUCCGUUCAGAAGCUACUCGCACAACAUGGAAUGACUCCGGCGGUCAACCUCCAGACGGCGCGAGGGCCGCCCAGCCAGCCAACGCCACUCCAAAUGCAUUUCUCGGUGAAUCACUGAGGAUUUUUUUUUACCGCAGUGGAGGGAGAGUUGGGUUCAUGGUUCAUUUCUCUGCCGUGGGGAUCACCAUUACAUCUUCCUGCCUAGGAUUAUAGGGACCUGCUACCCCACGAGAGAGCAAGUUGUAGUUCUCCAGAUGUUUUGGUUGACCACUCCCAACAGCCCUUGCCAGCAAAGUGAGGGACGAUGGACCCUGCAGGCCAAAAUAUCUUGGGGACCACACUUGGCUCACCCAUGUGGCAUCCUGUGAUAUAGUUUCACUGAUGGGAGCUGGUUCCAAAUAGCCACAAACCAACAAGGUAGCUAUCUUCUAGCCUACGAUGCCAGCCUUCUGUCGGAGUUGAGUGACAGGCGGCCAUUGAGUGGGAGCCAAGGACCCAAGCCAGGGAUCGCCGUCAUUGCCCGGUCUUUGUCAACCAUUUCAGUUUCUCCUCGCUCGGCUGAAAGUUACUGCCUUGGCUUUCAAACCUGACUUUUUGCUCCUGUUCUAAGGAGCUCGAGGGAUUGGGACAGAAGGCUUGUGCCUGAUAUUCCCAUUUUAAUAAAGUC